ACUGAAUUGAAUGUUAUGCUUAAAUAAGGUGAACUUUUGAGGCAGCUUGAGGAAAAGGAUUCUCUGGUGUCUCAACUCACGAGAGGAAAACAGUCGUACACUCAGCAAAUUGAAGACCUGAAAAGACAACUGGAGGAAGAAGUCAAGGCCAAGAACGCAUUAGCCCAUGCAGUGCAGUCUGCUCGCCAUGACUGUGACCUGCUCAGGGAGCAGUAUGAGGAGGAGCAGGAGGCUAAAGCUGAACUGCAACGUAGCAUGUCCAAGGCCAACUCUGAGGUGGCUCAGUGGAGAACCAAGUAUGAAACUGAUGCCAUCCAGAGGACCGAAGAACUAGAAGAGGCCAAAAAGAAGCUGGCUCAGCGUCUGCAAGAGGCUGAGGAGGCUGUUGAAGCAGUGAAUGCUAAAUGUUCCUCUCUGGAGAAGACCAAACACAGGCUGCAGAAUGAGAUUGAAGAUCUCAUGGUGGAUGUAGAGAGGUCUAAUGCUGCUGCUGCUGCUCUAGACAAGAAACAAAGAAACUUUGACAAGGUCUUGGCAGAGUGGAAACAGAAGUACGAGGAGUCUCAAACAGAGCUGGAGAGCUCUCAGAAAGAUGCCAGGUCUCUGAGCACUGAGCUCUUCAAACUGAAGAACUCCUAUGAAGAAUCUCUUGAACAUUUGGAGACCAUGAAGAGAGAGAACAAGAACUUACAAGAGGAAAUAUCUGACCUCACUGAACAAAUUAGUGAAGGUGGAAAGAAUAUUCAUGAGCUUGAGAAGAUUCGAAAGCAGUUGGAACAAGAGAAGUCUGAGAUACAGACAGCUCUGGAGGAAGCAGAGGCCACACUGGAGCAUGAGGAAGGGAAGAUUCUCAGAGCCCAACUUGAGUUUAACCAAGUAAAGGCGGACAUUGAGCGCAAGCUAGCUGAGAAAGAUGAAGAAAUGGAGCAAUCGAAAAGAAACCACCAGCGAACUGUGGAUACUCUUCAAAGCUCUCUGGAGGCUGAGACUCGCAGCAGGAACGAGGCCCUGCGUCUGAAAAAGAAGAUGGAGGGAGACCUCAAUGAGAUGGAGAUCCAGCUAAGCCAGGCUAACAGGCAGGCAGCUGAGGCCCAGAAACAACUUAAGGCCGUCCAUGCCCAUCUGAAGGUCUGAAUAAACAAGCAGUUCU